GCUGCGCCCGAGCAGAGCGCGGCCGCGACGGGGCGGGCGGACCCGUGGGCGCUCAGAGCUGGCCUCGAGUCCUCGGCGCCCGGCGCUCGGCCCCCCCGUCCUGACCCCUCUCUGGCCCGGGACCCCGACCCGGACCCGGCCCGGCACGGCCCCCGCCCCCGCGCCCCCGGGCCGAUGGACUACUCCUACCUCAAUUCGUACGACUCGUGCGUGGCGGCCAUGGAGGCGUCCGCCUACGGCGACUUCGGCGCCUGCAGCCAGCCCGGCGGCUUCCAGUACAGCCCCCUGCGGCCCGCCUUCCCCGCCGCAGGGCCGCCCUGCCCCGCGCUCGGCUCCUCCAACUGCGCGCUGGGCGCCCUGCGCGACCACCAGCCAGCGCCCUACUCGGCAGUGCCCUACAAGUUCUUCCCGGAGCCGUCGGGCCUGCACGAGAAGCGCAAGCAGCGGCGCAUCCGCACCACGUUCACGAGCGCGCAGCUCAAGGAGCUGGAGCGCGUGUUCGCGGAGACCCACUACCCCGACAUUUACACGCGCGAGGAGCUGGCGCUCAAGAUCGACCUCACUGAGGCUCGCGUGCAGGUCUGGUUCCAGAACCGCCGGGCCAAGUUCCGCAAGCAGGAGCGCGCGGCCAGCGCCAAGGGCGCCGCGGGCGCGGCGGGAGCCAAAAAGAACGAGGCUCGCUGCUCCUCGGAGGACGACGACUCCAAGGAGUCCACGUGCAGCCCCACGCCCGACAGCACCGCCUCGCUGCCGCCGCCGCCGGCGCCCGGCCUGGCCAGCCCGCGCCUGAGCCCCAGCCCGCUGCCCGCCGCGCUGGGCUCGGGGCCCGGGCCCGGGCCGGGGCCGCAGCCGCUCAAGGGGCCGCUGUGGGCGGGCGUGGCGGGCGGUGGGGGCGGAGGCCCCGGGGCGGGCGCGGCCGAGCUGCUCAAGGCCUGGCAGCCGGCGGAGCCGGGGCCCGGGCCCUUCUCGGGGGUUCUGUCCUCCUUCCACCGGAAGCCCGGCCCCGCCCUGAAGACGAACCUCUUCUAGCCGCCGGCCCCCGGAGCCCCCGGCGCGCCCCUGCCCCCCAGGACCUGACAGCCCCGCCCCACGCCCCGGGCCCCGGCCUGGAGGCCCGUCCCCCGCCGCGCCCGGCCCCGGGGCGGGCUCCCCCGGCCUUGGCGACACCGGGCCACGCCCGUCCCACCUGGCCCCGCCCGGCAGAGCGGCGGCUCUCCCCGGCCUCCGGAGAGCCC